CGAAUUCUACUUUCAAUUCCAUUUCUUCAUCCCAUGAAUUGACUGUUAUAGUCGCAUUUGUUAUAAAAUGGCGAUGUGUAAUGCCGCUUCUCCGUCGGACGUUGAUCAAUCUCGAAUCGAAACUACCAAAGAUACGAAAAGUAUUGAAACAAACGCGAAGAAAAAAUGUCUCGAGCAAGGACACACGGAGCACGAUCUUUGCCCGUUCAAAUUGCAAUGGUCCUUCGGGAUAAAUCCGGAAGCACCUAUUAUAAAUCUAACUACCGAAAAUCGUGCGCUAUUGGCGUACGCCUGUUCGCACGUGGCCGUGAUUUAUGAUUACAAUUUGAGGAAAAUGUUACCACUUCUGGGUCACCGAAAUGCUGUUAGAAUGUUAUCGACCUCGCGUGACGGCAAGUGGUUGUUAACAGCAGAUUCCGGGGAGGAUAGCGUAAUAGUGGUUUGGGAUACAGAAAAGGGAAUUCCCGUUUGCACGUUAUUCAAUCCCCACGGUAGUGAAGAUAUCACAGCUGCCAGUAUCAGUCCUAAUGCCAAACAAAUAGUCACCGUUGGCGAUGAAAAAUCUCAGAAUGUACAUUUCUGGCUGUGGACUUACGGAAAGGAUAAACCGGAUGCAUCGAUUUCAUUAAUCGACAUUACGUCUGAACGUGUCAAGGAAAUAACUUUCAACAACGAAUGUCCGGAACAAUUUGCAUUGACGACCGAUUAUCACGUUUUGUUCAUAACUUGGAAUGGUCAAGCUUUGAGCUACGAUUGUCCCAAAGUUAUGACAAAAUUUCAACAUAUUGGAAUUUUUAAUACAUCAUGCUACGUUCCGAAAAUGCAACAAGUGUUUACAGCGAGUACAAAUGGCUGCGUUUUGGUAUGGGAUAAUGUUUCUUGCAAAGACAAGCACACUAAUAAUAUUAAGAAAAAGAAACACAAAAAGACUCUUAAUUUACAAAAGAGCAGUAUUACAGUUAUCAUGGAUAACGAAGGUAUGCUUGUUACGGGAAAUUCGAAUGGCCGUAUUAAUUUUUAUGAUUAUCAGUUGAGACUUUUGUAUUGGUGUGAAAAUUGCGAUCUUGAUUCCAUUCGAUGGCUAAGCUUCGAUCUUCAAUCCAAUUUGAUAGCUCCAGUAUUUACUAUUGAUCAUAUAUCUGAAAAAGAACGUCAGGAUAGUAGCAAAACGAAAACAGUUUCAAAACUCACUGUUAACGCAGAAUAUAUUUUUAAAAAUUACAAAAAUAAUAAGCCCACCGCAACUAAUGAAAAAACAUCGGGUUCUUUGCCAACGGAUGCUACUCUACAGCAUUUUCCAUUUAAUGUCCGAAAUUGUCUUGCAUGUUCUUCUACGGGAAUAAUAGCGCGAAUAGAAAUUCGAAAACAGAAGUGUCACUUCGUGACUAGUCAUCCGGUCGCAAUCGUGACUAGUAUGGACACUCAUCCAGAAAGGAAUUAUGUGGUUGUGGGCGACGCGCAGGGUACCGUGCAUUUAUACAACCAUGAGACGUGCACUCUGAUGAUAGCCAGGAGCACGCCGCCUCUUCCGGAUUACCUGCCAAUUCUUGAAAAACAGAUGAUUGAUGAAAACUUCAUUUAUGUUACCUGUCCGGAAAGCCACGAGUCCUUGAAAGCGGUUACAGCUAUAAAAUUCUCUCCGAGAUGCGAUAUGCUCGUGUGUGGUUUAGAAAACGGGGCAAUCUGGAUUCUACAUCCUAUCACCUUGGAUCCUAUAGAUGAGACACCGUACAAGCAUUCUUCGACGGCCAUUAAUAAAAUCGCUUUCGCGCGAUGCACCGAGUACAUGGCUUACGCAGAUAACGCGUUGACUGUGGUAGUGUUCAAGAGAAAUGAUAUCGCCGCUUCAAAGGAGCGCAAUGUGUGGAAUUUGAUUGGAAAAUAUCACUCGCAUUAUUUACCUAUCAGAGAUAUACUUUUUGGUUCGCCCGCAUCCGAUUCCGAUACACCGCGAUUUUUCUCUUUGGGAGAGGAUCGAGAGCUCGUCGAAUAUGACCUCGCACACAGCGGACCGUAUCCAGUGCCAGGACUUCAAAUCUUGCGUAUCGAUCGAAUCGAACAGAGCGCAAUUCCCCUUUGCCUAGCGUGGUACCCCGAGUCCAGUACUGAAAGAUUCCUCAUGAUCUCAAAUUCUGAAUACAAGUACAAGCUCUUCAGUCACGCUACCAAGGCUAUUUGCGGUACUUACUUGGGACCGAUGUUCAAAGAACCAGUAGAACAUUUUCAAAUCUUAACGGACAAACUUGUUGACAAUAACGGCUACAUGGUAUUCGCGACGGAUAGAGAAAUCGGUCUUCAGUUAAUGCCUUUCGACGGUAAUCCAUACAAGGUCGUCGGCAUGACAGGUCAUCCGCAAAAAAUAAUAAAUAUCUCUGUCAGCAACAAUAAAAAAAUACUGUUUACCGCAGGUCACAACGAUCCGUGUAUGUUAAUGUGGAAAAUCAAACUGAGAUCCGUUGAUAUAAUGGCGCGAUUAGGCGGAGAAGGGCUUUCGCCGUUUUACUGCCUCAUCGAUGGCGGAAAGAAAGGAUGGCUGGCAAAUGAAAUAAAGGAUAUGUUCUAUUAUGCGCAGAUAUUACAUCAGGGCGAGAUUACGACCGAACCCAGAACCGUCUCCGACACUGUGGUUGUCGAGCAGAUUCCAAAUCUUAUGCGAUCUAUUGGCUAUUAUCCGACUAACAAAGAACUAGAGAAUAUCAUGGCAGAAAUACGGUACAAACGUUACGCUGAAAGUGGUGAACUUGUCGAAGCGAUCACUUUUGAAGAAUUCGUGCGACUGUAUGUGAAUCACCGACCCGCGUUCAUACUUUGCGUGCGCCACAUAAAGGAAGCUUUUCGUACAUUCGUCGAAGAGGAUUAUGCCAGUAUGGAAAAUCCUACUUUAACGCGAGAGCAGCUUGUAGAUAUUUUACUCGGAGGAACAAUAUUGAAAAAUUUAAUGGAAGGCGAUAAGCCUAUUGGUGAACCGUUGACUUUGCAAGAGGCAUAUACGUAUCUCAAAACACUCACAUCUCCCACCGAGGAAAUGAUCCAGACUCAACCAAGUCUGUCGCAAACAUCCCUAUCCUUCAAUUUCCGUUUCCUACCGGCGAGGAUAUCUUACAAAGAUUUCACCAUGGAUAUCAUGGGUGUUGAAUUGCUCGAGGAAACUAUGGCUGACAAUUGAGGAAAUCAGCACGACGGUUACUUGCAGUACUCUAAGAGAUUUUUUUUUACAGCUAUGUACCGCUGUGACAAGGUCCGUUAAACGCAAGCGAUUAAUAAACCAUAAACCGCGUGCGCGACUAUUUUAUUUUUUCAAAUUUAAAUUAAUCGUAAGAUUAAGAGAGGCGCUAGAAGAGAACCGCCGGCAGAAUCGUCGUCGGCGUUUAUUAAUCAUUAGCUCUUUUUUCAAUUCGCGUAAAAAUGUAUAAACGGUACACGAAACUCGAGGAAAAUGUAAUAAUGUAAGAGCAUGACGUAAAUUCGUUUUCUUAAUUGUUUGUUUCAUAAUUGUUGCUGUAAUACUGUUCAGCAAAAAUUUUCAAUGGACAUACUCCAUA